AUGAUUCGAACAGGAAGAGUAAUCAAUAGCCAUAUCCCUUUCCUUUCCUCCGCAAUCAUCUUCCUCACAACAAUCCACCUCCUCGUUUUCUCCACCACAUCUCAACAGCAGCCGACUUUCAACACCGCCGGCUGUCAAGACAGUUCCAACUCAACCACACCUCCCGCCUACACCUCAAACCUCGCCGCCCUCCUCAACACCCUGCCCCCCAAGGCCUCCACCACCACCUUCUCCAACGACUCUGCGGCGGACGGCGAGGUAUUCUCCCUCUACCUCUGCCGCGGAGACGUCACCCUGACGCAGGCCGUGCAGGAGGUCCAGCGACGCUGCCCUGCUCACAGGGUGACGAUUACGACCAGUGCAUGCUGCGGUACUCCAACGUCAGCUUCGCGGUACUCCAACGACCCAUUUUAA